AUGCCUAUCGAUGCAUACUUGCCCUUUCUCUCUGAUUCUGCCAAAGCUCGAUUGAGAUUAAACAACGUCCCUACUGGACUCGAAUCUCCCGUUUUACCGGCAUUCAACUAUCCAUCAUACUUACGAGUAUUAGAUAUGGAUGAAUUUUAUGACGAGAUCACAAAAUGGGUCGCCAAUAAAAGGCUUGCGCAGGCAACUCAAUUCGAUACAAACUCAUAUGCGAUAUCACAACAGGCAGCCUCAGAAGACGACUCGUCACCCAAAUUAUAUCGUCUCUCUAUUGACACACGUCGUCUGGGUAAAAUAUGGUGUGACAUGGUAGUGAGCAUCCUAUCACCCGAGAUAUCCUCAACCGACACUCACCACCCCGUACCCAUCCCGUCGUGUUUUUCUCACAUUGAACAAUUCGAAUUCAAAGGCGAGGGCGACGAGACUGACGACGAAUUCGAAGAUAUGCUACUGGCCAUUUCUCAAUUUAGCAAAAACGUUAAAAUACUCAAAAUAGCAUCCUGUUCGCGAUGCCUACUUCAACCGUUGGUCGAUUUAAUUGAAUCACAACAAGGCAUCAGUGAAUUGAUGCUAAAUAAUAUUCGCAUAGUGGGUACAUCAAUAUUCGAGGCUAUUGCCCGUCACAAAAAGACAUUGACACAUGCUGAAUUUCAUCGGUGUACUUUCAUUGAUUGUAAACCAAUGACUGCUCUUGCGAGUUGCACCAAGUUAGAAAGUCUUAUAUUCGCAAGGAGUGGUGUCAGUGGAGAGUUACUUGCACCAUUGGGAUCUCCGUCGUCAUCUAUCACUCAGCUGAGUAGACUGGUGUUGUUGGAUAUAUAUCCAUCUAACGGUGACGAGGCAGAAUGGAUCAACCUUGCUCAACAAGUCAACGCUAUUUUGCGUCGUACUGGAAAGACGAUCCGUGAACUGCGCACAAAUCUUCAUUUAACUUACUUUCCCCAUUUUGUCGAUACAAUAAUAUCCGACUGUCCUAAUCUGCUUAUAAUAGAAAUGGACAUUCAAAACAUAGCUCAGAUACCGGGUAUAGUCAAGCUCUUACGAAGCUGUAAGCAUCUUCAGACGUUCCGAGUAUCCAUCGACGGUUAUACUCAUAGUAACUAUACAGUUGCUGAUGAUUUAAUCCACGAGUUUGCCCAAAUAAUUUUACCUUCUCUUCGUCGUUUGGAGGUGCGAAAAUGGAAAAUCUCUAAGCAAGGUUUAUUAUUUAAGUGUUUGAUAAGCAUGAAAGCUCCAGUGAGAUACCUUUCAUGA